ACCCUUUAGUGAUGUUCCCCGAAACUCGUUGCACUUCUUGAGACAUUCUGUCUUGUGGUGUUCCACAGCCUUUCUGCGUGGCGUGCACAUCCUCGUCUCGCUACUGAUCGUCAAUAUGAGCUUUUUCAACUCGCAUCGCCAGAAGGGUGUUGCAUCUGAGCAGAAGCCGGACACCAAUGUCGAGAACUACGACCUCGGCCUCAAUGGCGAAGACGCCCAGGGUGUUGAUCGCGAUGUCCUUGACAUGCGCAAAAUGGGCGUGCGACAGGAGACGAAGCGGCGGUUUGGACUGGUCACCAUUCUUGGCUUCACGACGACUAUGAUGUGCACUUGGGAGUCUGCUAUUCCUUUCUUCACCACAGCGUUCAUCAACGGUGGCGGUGUUAGCAUGAUAUAUGGCUACAUCUUUGCUUUCUUUGGCGCUCUUGCCACUUGCGCAUCUAUGGCGGAAAUGGCCUCAAUGUACCCAAUCUCUGGAGGGCAAUAUCAUUGGACUGCAUUGCUGGCCCCGCCCAAGCAUGCGAAAUUCCUCAGUUGGUUAACCGGCUGGCUCAGCACCCUUGGCUGGCAGGCUGCGGCCUCUACCGGAACUUACCUUGGCGGUGUCAUUAUCCAAGCACUCGUCUCCCUGAACUACCCGUCCUACGAACCGCAAAGAUGGCAAGGCACGCUUAUACUAUUUGCCGUCUUGAUUGUCACACUCUUCGUCAACACUGUCCUGAUCAAGCUACUACCCGGACUGGAAGGCGUCGUGCUUAUCCUGCACGUUAUAGGCUUCUUUGCCGUCCUCAUUCCUGUCGUCUACCUCGCGCCAAUCAGCCCGAACGCCUUCGUGUGGUCAGAGUUCACCAAUCUUUCCGGCUACAGCAGCAGUGGUCUCUCGUGGCUCAUCGGACAGAGUGCCAGUGCUGUACUCUUCAUCGGCUAUGAUGGAGCUUGCCACAUGGCCGAAGAGGUGGAAAACGCAUCGAUCAACGUACCGCGGGCCAUGUUCUUCACCAUCUUCAUCAACGGUGCACUAGGCUUCGCGACCUACAUCUUCAUCCUUUACUGCUUUGGCGACCCGGAGGAUGUGCUCACAAACUACCCAAUGCCAUUUAUUGGCAUCUUCUACAACGCUCUACAGUCCAAGGCGGGCACUACGGCGUUGACAUCCCUACUGAUUGCGAUGUACAUCUUUGCAACUUUCGGCUUCGUUGCUUCUGCCUCUCGCCAAGCCUGGGCAUUCUCCAGAGAUCACGGGCUUCCCUUGUCCAAGGUCUUCCGACGGGUCGAUGCACGCUGGGCCAUCCCGGUCUGGACGAUUGCGCUUACCGGCGUCAUCAAUGCUCUGCUCGGUUUGAUCAACAUCGGCUCCUCUGUCGCCUUCAACGCCAUUGUGAGCCUUGUCGUGUCCAGCUAUCUCUCGUCCUACCUCAUUCCCAUCGUGCUCAUGAUAAUGAAGCGACUCCGAGGCGAGCGCGUUCAACUCGGGCCAUGGACCCUGGGGCGGUGGGGUCUACCGAUCAACAUCAUCGCUGCGGCUUACACGCUGAUGACCGUCAUCUUCACCUUCUUCCCGGUGGCACUGCCAGUCACGAAGGAGACGAUGAACUAUUCUUGCGUUGUCUACGGUGGUGUGGUCAUACUGGGUCUGAUCUACUAUGUCACUAUUGGCCACAAGACCUACAUCGGUCCUAAAAUUGACAUCAACAUUCGUGAUUAGACCAUGAAUAGAUAGCGCAAGGACGAAACAUGGUCUAGAGGAGGUGCGAGUGACAAUCUCAACCGAUCCACUGCACGUCGGAUGUCAUGUUCUAAUACCGGCUGCAACGUUUCUCAUGUGAUUAGUAGUGGUUUCUAUCACGCCUAGCAUGCCAUUCAAGAUGAUGGAAGGUUGCCAUGUGGCAGCCAGUGGGGGCUUGCAACCAACAAGAAGCUCUAUUGGCUAGCCCUCAAUUCUCGCCUAACAACAUCCGAUGAACA